GGGCGGGUCAGCAGGGCCCCCCUGCUGUUUGUGUGUCGGCUCGCGGUGCUCAUUACGGUCAGGAUGGCGACAGCGGCGAACAGCGCGGAGAGGGGGGUGCUGGAAGAAGAGUUCAGAUGGCUGCUGAAGGAAGAGGUGCACUCGGUGCUGCGCCAGCUGCGGGACGUCCUCAAGGACGCCUCCCGCAGAUUCACUCUGCCCACCGGGGGGGCCGAGGGGCCCGUCAGGCAGGAGAACUUCAUACUGGGGACCUCCAGCUCGGACCAAGUGAAGGGCAUCCUGACGCUCCAAGGGGACGCCCUGUGCCAAGCUGAGGUGAACCUGAAAAUCCUGCGAACCAAUCAGAUCCUGCACUUCGCCUUCCGUGAGGACAAGCAGUGGAAGAUGCAGCAGAUCCAGGACGCCAGGAAUCACGUGAAUCAGGCGAUCUACCUCCUGACCAACCGCGGAGAGAACUACACCUUCCAGACCGGGGCGGAGGUGCUCAAGCUCAUGGACUCCGUGAUGCUCCAAUUAACUCGAGCGCGGAACCGGCUCACCACCCCGGCUACCAUGACGCUGCCAGAGGUCGCCACCAGCGGACUCACGAAAAUGUUCGCCCCUCCUCUCCCAGCCGACAUGAUCCUGAACUUCUACGUUAACGUCAAUAAACUCUGCUUACUGGUCUAUCAGCUUCACGCUCUGCAACCAAACUCCACCAAGAACUUCCGCCCGGCCGGCAGCUCCGUCCUGCACAACCCCGGGGCCAUGUUCGAGCUUAACGGCCAGAGGUUUGAGGUCAGCCACGUGCAUAAGGUGGAGUGCGUGGUUCCGUGGCUCAACGAUGCCCUCGUCUUCUUCACCGUGUCUCUCCAGCUCUGCCAGCAACUGAAGGACAAGAUCUCCAUAUUUUCGAGCUACUGGAACUUCAGAUCCUACUAAGAAUGAUCGGCGUUCCCAAACCCGUCCUCUUCCAGCUCUCCCCGCUGCCUGCUCCGCUCCUCACCCGGAAGUCACGAUGGGAUUAUCGGGAUCAUCGUCCACCCAUGGGACUCAUCUUACCACGGACCACUUCUCAGAGGGACGUUGCGGACCCCCCCCCUUCAUUAUGCAUGAACAUUGUCACUUUUCGUUGUAUGUAUAGUAUUUAUUUACUUUGCGUUGUACAGGACGUUUUUACCGCUGUUUAAAAAAAAAAAAAGGGAAGACGGCGAUGAUGUCAUCGGGGCGUCUUCACGCUCGAUCUUUAUUCGCAGGACGCUCUUUGCUCCUCAAGGUUGUCCGUUGAUGAACAAAACCAAGGAACCAAAUUCCAUUUCACUUUUCUAGGAAAAAAAUAAAGUUUAAAAAAAAAUUCAGUUUUUUAUUUUAUUUUGGAAAAUGAGAAAAAUUAACCCUUAAAAGCCGACGGGUGGAGUUGGCGACCCCAGGACCGUCCACGUUUUUGGACUCGAAGACCUGAGAUGGAACGCUGCUUGUAAACGUUACUCCGUAAUUCGUUUUUAACGCUAGUUUCACUUAAAAAUUGAUUAAAAAUGUGUUAAUGGAAAAAAAAUCUAAUGUUGUUA